AUGACUGGGUCACAAAAAUUGCCUCUGCUCUUUAUUGGAAAAUAUCUGAAACCAAGGUGUUUCAAAAAUGUUCAGAAGAUUCCUGCUGCAUAUUAUGCUAAUAAUGAGGCCUGGAUGACUGGCCAAAUCUACGAAAAAUGGUUAAGAGAUUUAGAUAACCGUUUUUCAGCAGAGAAGCGCAAAGUUCUCCUAAUCGUGGACAAUUGUACUGCACACAUGGAAGUCACUGGGCUUCAGGCAAUCCGUGUGGAAUAUCUCCCACCAAAUGCAACUGCAGUUUUACAGCCAAUGGAUCAGGGGAUAAUCAAUAGUUUCAAGCGAAAAUAUAAGACAGUGCUCUUGCAAAGAGUAAUCCUUAGCUUGGAAAGGGAACAACCUUAUCAGAUUGAUAUUCUUGGUGCAAUGCAUUUAUCAAUCAGUGCAUGGAAUGAUGUUUUAGAUGAAACAAUUUAUAAAGCCUUUCGACAUGCAGGUUUUAUUAAAGAAACAGACGUAACUGAAGAAAUCCAUGACAAUAGAUCUCACGACGAAGAUGAGGUUCUCAUGCAUGAACUUCGCCGUAGAAAUCCACAGUUGCCAGAACUUUCAUUCGAGGAUUUUUUAAAUGUGGGUUCUAAUGUCAUCUGCACGGAGGAAAUAUCGGAUUACGAUAUUAUUAGCAGCAUAAUCAACGAGAAUGAGAGACUUUCAGAUCCAGAAAAAGAAGAAGAAGAAAAUGAAGUAACACCAAGACCGACUUUAAAACAAGCUGCUGAAUACUUGUCAGAACUUAGACGAUUUUUUGAGGCCAGUGAUAAUUGUGAAAUGCUAACAAAUAUAGAGAAGAUGGAGUCUUGCAUUGUACAAUCUGUUGUUUUAAAACAGACAAAGAUAAGUGAUUAUUUUGUUGCUCAAUGA